AUGGCUGCCGGCUCGGCUGUGGUGCUGGUCAUUGCCGUCAUCGCCUUUUGGUCCAUCUUCUCGCUCGGAUGGAUGCACCUCAAGACGAACGAGGUCAAGGCGUGGUACGGUCUUUCUCGCGCCUGUCUCCAUCCAUCCGGCGGCGGCUCAAGCUGCUUCAGCUACGCCAUCGACGAGAUCAAGCCGCUGUACCACGGCGGCCGAGUCGCUCUCGUCUUUGCCAUCGUCACCUUGGUUACCGCGUCUCUCGCUCUCCUCCCUGCUGCCUUGUUUCUCACCCAAAAGGCACCCUACCACAUCGCCGUCGCUGCCUUUGUCAUCCUCUCCUGCUGCCUCAUGAUCGCCGCCACCGGCUCGUGGGCCGCCUUUGACAAUCUUGUCGUCAACGGGCCGGGCUUCCACGCCCUCGCCCCGCCACACGGGCCCUCGCUCUCGUACAUGUUCGUCUUUAUGGUCCUUGCCUCGCUCUUCUCCAUGAUCCCCGUCCUCGCGGGCGUCUACGCCUGGACCCGUCGCCGCUACACGCUCUACGUCUACAUCCCGUCGUCGUAG